CAAAAACAAACAAACCGCACCAGAAAAAGAAAGCCACGCUCUCUGUCACUUCCUCCUUCUUAUUUCUCCUCUCUCUCUCUCUUUCUCUCCUUUCUUUUUUUGCCACAUAUCAUUCUCCUCCCCUCUAUUAGAUCUUCUUCUUCUUCUUCUCCCCCUUGCACACAAAUAACAACAACCCUUCUCCUCUAAUUUUGAUCUGACCCUUUUCGAAAGUUUAAGUUUUUUUCCUACCCUUCAUCGAUUCAUUUCAUCCUUCAAAGGGUUUUUGAUUUCUGUAUACAGUUGUGAGAAGAGGAAAGGGUUAUUAGAUACACUUAAAAACUGAAGUUUAAUAGUGAAGAACCAAAGAUGCCCUGGACAGCCUUCUUCAUGUUUUUCAACAGGACUUGCACUCGUCUGGUUGUCUUUUUCCUCGUUAUUCUGUAAAUUUGAUCCUGUCAGGUGUUGUUUCCGGAAUUCGGAAUAGCUCUUUGUUGUUGUUGCUUAUUUUACUCUGGUUAGUGUGAGAAUGUGCAUUGUUGUAAUCAAGAAGGGAAACCGAUCAUUGAAGGAAAUAGGAACUUUUAUGAUGACUACAUGUUUCAUUGCUAAUUACCAAUCCGUUCAAGUUUGCCAGGCUGAAUAUUUCAGACAGUUGCUUAAGCCUGUAACGUAGUCUGGCGUCUGGAGUUUCCGGAAAUUGGGGUUUUUGGGCGGCUAUCUACUUUUGAUUUCGAAAGAAUUAUUGUGAGGUAUUAAGAGUCUGGUUUUCUGAAAGAGCUGUCUGUGGGGGAGCUUCUGGUGUGGGGUAAGGGCUCUGGUGGAAAUUCGUGAUAUCUUUAGUAUGAUGGCCAUAACUUGAGAUAGCAUUUGGUUUGACAGUCAACUUAGUGUAGUAGUAAUAGGGCAGCUGGAAAGCUUACAAAGGCGAAUCAUCGGUAGUAGAAAAUCUAAGCAGCUUGCAGUUUGAGGUGUACAACUUGUUUUUUCUCUUUGUGUUUCUUUGCACGGGGCUUUCUGAUGCAGAACAAUCAGUUUCCUCACUUCUCAGAUGAAGUGGGCGACAGAAAUAUGCACAACCCGUAUGCAUCAGGGUCAUCCUUUGAUGCUUUGUUCCCACCAUGCGCAAAGCUGCCAUACCAUGGUGUUGAACUUCAACCUACUGCGGUCUGUCCAAAGAACUUUGUCAUCUUCGACCAAACAUAUGACCGCAGCCAAGUGAUGUACCAUCCUGAGCUGACUCAUAAGCUCAUGAAUACCCCAUCUUUGAACGCAUUAGCUUCGACCUUUCAGAACGAGUAUGUAGGUUCAACUUAUCAGAACGAGUAUGUAGGUUCGACAUAUCAGAACGAGUAUGCUGGGGGAAGUUAUGGUAACUAUGACCAAGAAGUUUCCACCUCUCAUCAAGAGGAUCCAAAUGAGAUUGAUGCUCUCUUGAGUGCAGAUGAAGAUUACGGAGAAGAUGAUAAUGAAGGAGAUGAGGAUGGUGGCGAUUCAGAAGAGGUCAGCACGGGUCGUAACUCGUACAGGGAUUAUGGAAAUAGCUCAUCAGCUGAAUCUUGCUGUUCCAGCUAUGGGUAUAACAACAACAACAACAACAACUCAAGGAAGCAGAGUUUAUCGGGCAGCGCUAGUAGUACCAACGAUGGGAAAAAAGGACGGAAAAAGAUGAAGAAAAUGAUGGGAGUGUUGAGGAGAAUUGUCCCGGGAGGAGAACAGAUGAAUACAGCUUGCGUUCUUGAUGAAGCUGUUCAGUACCUCAAGUCACUUAAAAUCGAAGCUCAGAAACUCGGCGUUGGACAUUUCUCAAACCAAUCUUGAAUGCUACCAAUAUCCGUUCUUCCACUGCAUAUUGUUUCUUGGGAGAUAUGAAUCUUGUCCAGCGCUAUCUGGACCUCUCUCUCUCUCUUUAUUCCUCCCCCUCUCCUCUCUUCCCUUUGCAGGAUUGGAUCUACUUGACGUUGAAUCUCUCUCUCUCUUUACAUUUUCCAUAUUGUGUGUUAUUGCUUCCAUUUGAAGUACUUGUGGAUUGGAUUUGAGCUUUUUGUACUGUUUCAACUUUUAAUGUAAUCAUUUAUGACUUUGUGUCUAUGAACUAUUCCUGUUACUCUAUUAGUUAUUUGCUUUGUAUCA